CAUUGAUCAGCCUCCUCCCUCCGCCGCCUCGGUGCAGACUGCUAAGCUCAGCAAGUCUUGCGGCAAAGGCACUUCGGAGCCGAGUUGGGGCCGGGGCGGAACGGGGACUCGGGGCCCCGGGAGGCGCACGCCCCUGCCAAGACGUCGCCCGCACUGCGUCCUAGCAGCCCCUCGCCCCCUCACCUCGGGGACCCGGGAUCUCUCCUGCCUGCUCUGGGUCGCUCCCCGGCUAUUUGGACAGAGCUUGCUGCACUUGGACUUCCGAGGUGUCCACCCCUCUUUCUCAUCUGCAGCCAGCAUGAGGAACAUCUUCAAGAGGAACCAGGAGCCCAUUGUGGCUCCUGCCAGCACCACUGCCACCACACCCGUGGGGCCUGUGGGGCCCGUGGGACCCGUGGUGCCCGGGGGGCCCGUGGGGCCUGGGGACAACUCCACGGAGAGCGGGGGUGCAGGGGAGAGCAAGGAGGACAUGUUUGCCCAACUGAAGGAUAAAUUCUUCAACGAGAUCAACAAGAUCCCCUUGCCGCCCUGGGCGCUGAUCGCCAUCGCCGUGGUCGCCGGCCUCCUGAUCCUCACCUGCUGCUUCUGCAUCUGCAAGAAGUGCUGCUGUAAGAAGAAGAAGAACAAGAAGGAGAAGGGCAAAGGCAUGAAGAACGCCAUGAACAUGAAGGACAUGAAAGGGGGGCAGGAUGAUGACGAUGCAGAGACAGGCCUGACGGAGGGCGAAGGCGAAGGGGAGGAAGAGAAGGAGCCUGAGAACCUGGGCAAGCUGCAGUUUUCCCUGGACUAUGACUUCCAGGCCAACCAGCUCACCGUGGGCGUCCUGCAGGCCGCGGAGCUCCCUGCCCUGGACAUGGGCGGCACCUCAGACCCUUACGUCAAAGUCUUCCUCCUUCCAGACAAGAAGAAGAAAUAUGAGACCAAAGUGCACCGGAAGACACUGAACCCUGCCUUCAACGAAACGUUCACCUUCAAGGUGCCGUACCAGGAGCUGGGGGGCAAGACCCUGGUGAUGGCCAUCUACGACUUUGACCGCUUCUCCAAGCACGACAUCAUCGGAGAGGUGAAGGUGCCCAUGAACACCGUGGACCUCGGGCAGCCCAUUGAGGAGUGGCGAGACCUGCAGGGUGGGGAGAAGGAAGAGCCAGAGAAGCUGGGCGACAUCUGCACCUCCCUGCGCUAUGUUCCCACGGCCGGGAAGCUCACCGUGUGCAUCCUGGAGGCCAAGAACCUCAAGAAGAUGGACGUGGGUGGCCUUUCAGACCCCUACGUGAAGAUCCACUUGAUGCAGAACGGCAAGCGCCUCAAGAAGAAGAAGACGACGGUGAAGAAGAAGACCCUGAACCCAUACUUUAACGAGUCCUUCAGCUUUGAGAUCCCCUUCGAGCAGAUUCAGAAAGUCCAGGUGGUGGUCACCGUGCUGGACUAUGACAAGCUGGGCAAGAACGAGGCCAUUGGCAAGAUCUUUGUGGGCAGCAAUGCCACAGGCACAGAGCUGCGGCACUGGUCUGACAUGCUGGCCAACCCGCGGAGGCCCAUCGCCCAGUGGCACUCGCUCAAGCCUGAGGAGGAGGUGGACGCGCUGCUGGGCAAGAACAAGUAGGCGGGGGCGGCGGCAGGGACCUGCACCUUCACGGACACUGAUGAGAUCCAGAGCUAUCAAUACCUCAGUUACGCAACCUUAGAGGUUUUUUUUUUCCAUUCGUUUGUGGUCGUGUCCUUGUUUUUCCUUCCUUUUCUCUUUUUAAAGACCAACGUCCCUCUGAUGGCUGUGUGAGGAGAGUCCCCUAAAAGGUUCCAGAGAAGCCUGGCUCUUUUCAUCGUCCAGAGCUGGCCUUACCGCAUGCCCUGUCAAGUUUCCCUCUCAGUUUUCAGAGCUUCACCUAGCCUCACCCGGAGUGAGGCCCUCCUUUGGCAGAAAGGCGCAGCACUUCCUGUUUUUGAGUGUUCUGGACCAACAAAAUGGCGGCACUUCCUGUUUCCUGACAGGAAAGGCAACACAGUGGCCACUGGUGUGUGUGUGUGUGUGUGUGUGUGUGUGCGCGUGCAUGCGUGUGUGUGCAUUCCUGGAAUGAGCCAUGGAAGUUGUGUGGGAAGAAAAGGCUCUUUGGGGAUCCUAGAAGCCCACUGGCUGGGUGGAGAUCUUCUGUCAGCUUGUGGAGAGCACAGAAUCCUGGUCAGAGACCAGAAGCUCCCAUAUUCCUUGUGGGUGGCUAUCUGGAAGGCAAGAUGUGGAGACUGGACUUGUCCAGAACUAGGACCAAAUCCCUGAUGCCAUCGUACACUUUCUCCUGUUUGGUUUUUCCACAAAUGUGGUUUUGAGGACAUUUGUGGUAAUGAGCUAUUUGUUACACUGGUCAGGCCCUGACAGGGAUGAUCAGUCCUGGGGCCUCACUCUUGUUGACAAUUAAUAUCCAAUUAUGAAGAAAUAAAAGUUCUAUUAGCCAGAAAGCCCGAAAUCAAAUCCCUUGGAUCUGGCCUCUUUCCAAAGCACAGUUGCUCUCCCCCUUUCCAGAAUGUAUGCAGUGCAGUGCGACCAUCACAGUUACCACCCGCCGGGCUUUCGCUUCUGUGCUCUCCUUUAAGUGACGCAGCACUGUCUGAAGACCCGUGAUUUGUACGGAGCCAGAGAACUUCAAGGGGAAGUUUCAAAUGUUCCUAGUUCCCAAGAGUUUCAGGGAAGAAGGGAGUGUGGAAAGGGGGACAUUGCCAACAGAGAUUUCCUAACAGUGAACUAGAUGGGAGUGUGGUGAUCCCCCCAGCUCCCACUCCUCUGCUGUGUAUUCUGGAUGGCUGAUGGGUUGCUGGCCUGGCCCAGGGAGACCCCAUCUUACCACUCACUAGGGAGGACUCUCUCUGUGAAUUCCAAGAAGCAGGGUAUCCAUUCACAGGGUGAUGGGGGAAAUACUGCCAGGGUUCCUAGCCCUUGCUCAGAAAUUCCCUGUUCACCCUUUGUCUCCAGCACUGAUAACAAGCCAUAUAUAUGUUAGUCACGUUUGCACUGAGCCCCUUCCAAAGCUUCGGCCUGAACAAGAGUAAACCCCUUGGCCGGAGGCUGGGCCCUCUCCCUUUGACUCCCCCCUCCCAUCUUUCAGCCGCUCUUCAUCUGUGGAGCCCUCAGGCCCUUGCAUUUCUUCAGAAUACUCACAAAUACUCAUGGCUUCCCCGGAAGUCUGGGAUCUCUCUCUCUCUUUCUCAGCAAAAAUGGCAGCACUUCCUGCCCUGCCCCACUGGGCCACCCCAGCUUCCUGUCGGCACCUGAGCCACCUGGCUGGGCUGGGGAGAAUCAGGCUUUGAGAACCCUGCAAGAAGAAGGGGCAGAGUGGCUUCUUAUUUUAUUAAAAGAAAGGAGAGAGUUUUUUGUUCUUGUCUUGGCAUUUUUGGGUUGGAGAAACAGACUGGGAGGUGGGCUCAGCUCUGCUGGCUCACAGAGACCCUCUCCCUAUGCUUAUGGCUCUUGGAGCAUGAGAAGUUAUUUUUUUACUGGACCAUGUGUGUGUGUGUGUGUGUGUGUGUGUGUGUGUGUUUCCUUAAUGAUGAGAAUGAAGGGCUUGCACGAGGACUGUGAGCUUUGGCCCUCGGGACCUGAGCCAUCGUGGUAGAUGGUCACAGGACAGUAGGGUGCCUUCAGGAUCUGGGCGGCUGCUGAGUAGGAGACCUUGGUGUGGACGUCAGAAGCCACUGGGCUCCUCUCCAUCCCCGGAGCUGUGGGAUUUGGUGCUUUCUCAGGGUCUCCCCCACACCCAUUCUCGCCACGUCCGACGAUUCGUGUUCAUAGACACGGCUCCGUCAAUCUCAUUGCCACCUGCCUCUUGCGCUCCGCCCUCCCAUAUUCUUUUUCCAUAAACUUCAGCCAUCCCUCCCUGAGCCUCAGUUUGCUAUCCCCUGAUAGGGAGAGAAGGGAAAGGCAAGCGCCUUUGGUAUUUGGGUGUCUAGGGGUCUGGAGAAGGGGCUGGAAUUUCCUGCUCUUGGCCCAUCUCCAACAAACAGCCUUGGGGGUGAGACUGUUGUUUCUCAGCAUCAGCAUGGAGCCAAAGAGAGGCCUGUGCUCCAUUCUAGUUGGUUCUCACUGGUCUGGGGACCCUCAGAUAAGCAGUUGUUGUUUUCCGGGGUCCACAGAUGAGGCAGGGGAACCCCGAGGGCCUGCAUAUCUUCCUUGCCUGAAGCUGGCUGUUACCCAAACCACAGAGCAUCAUUCCAAACCCUCACUGCCACAUGGCUUUAUUUCUGGGGCUGUUAGGGUGCUGGGGUACAGUCCCUGAGUAGGAAGUUAGGGUAUUCUGGCUAGUGAAGGAUUCUGAUCACUCCCAGAACCUAAUCCAGAGAGUGGGUCAGAGGUGUUUUUUUUUUUGAAAGAGGGGGUGAAAUGAUGGAAACCCAAACCCGAUCCCACCCCAAAUGGGGGUCAGUCCGGAAAGCUGUCUUCUCCUUGAAUAACCAUCCCCAAAAGGAAAUGAACACUGCCAGGCCCAUGGGCAAUUUUUGGACUUUGGAUGUAAGUGGAGGCUGAGGCCUGGGGGCAAACCCAGUAGUGAGCAGUGCUGGUGGGCUCUGGUCCCCCGCUGGAGGCUGGGCCCAGUCUCAGAACCUGAACUUUUUUCUCUCAGGACAGCAAAUCCAGUGUGUGGUCCUGCGGAAGCACUUUGGGGUGGUUUUGCUGGCUUAGAGCUCCAGCGUGAGGAGAGUUGCAGCUGCUGUCCUUGGGUAAACCGGCUCAUGUCACCUGCCCCCUGGGGCCAGGGACUGAGGGGCUCCAUGUUCCCCUGAAGUCCUAGGUUAAUUCUUGGUCUUACCUAACCUAUGAGAGUGAGCUGGUCCCUGUGUGUGUCUCCCCUCAAGGGCAGGAAGAGGGUGAGGGCCAGGAGCUGCUCUCCUGCCUCUGCGCUCUCCUGCUCCCUCCCUGCCGGGCUGGUGGGGACCCUGCCUCAGAGCCCUGCCUGCGGCCAGACAGGGAGGGUCCCAAGAGCCUGGUGGUCCAGGGCCCUAUGGCCUCCUUGCCAGGUUUGGCAAAUAGAGACCCCGGACACUGUCAAAUCUGAAUUUCAGAUAGACAACAAAUUUGAAGCCGGGCCGGGGCAGUACCGGGACAUCCAAUACCAGACGUGAUCUCUCGUGCGUCUGAAAUUCAAGUUGAACUGGGGGUCUGUGUUGUGUCUGCCAGGGCUACUGGUGACCACUUCUCUCCUCGCCCCCUCAGUCCUGGGGGUGCCCAGGGACUGGUCGCCAAGGAUUUUACUUAACCUGUUUUUUGAGAUGCAAUAUUAAGAAGGGGACACUGUGACUUGAAGACACAUGAAUAUACUUUAUUUUUUAAGCGACAACAAGAACCUUCUGAAGCCAUUUGAGUCUCAUCUACCCUCCAUGUGGUUUUAGUUAGAUACAAAAGAUAGUUAUCUAUACCCAUAUGAACCGAAUCUUGUUGAAUCAAGAUGCAUGUCUAUAACUUUCUGUAAAUAGCCGCAUGGCAAUGCGCUGAGUACCCCAGCCCCCCCAUUUUACACAACGUGUUGAGGCUGCUCCUUCAACUUUAUGUCUUGUAAAGUCUUUGUCCCUCAGCCCCACCCUGCCCCACCCAUCGGCCGCCCUGGCGGGAGUCCUGGCACCUGGGGAUGCUGAAGGACCCAGGACUCCAGCCCGGCCUGCCCGCCUGCCCACUUCCGUCUGCAGAGCCCACCCUCAGGGCGCCGCGCCCGGUCCAGCCUGGCGCUGGGGUCCCAGCAACUUGUGUGUCCCGUGUGUGUGUGGUGUGCCCCUUCUUCCCACUGUUUGAAUUAACUGAAAAGCCAUAAAGGGGGCGUCCCACGGGAGACGGCCCUCCGCUCCUCCCGGGAGCCCCCAUGUCCCUCUGACUGGCUCCCCACAGAACACUUGUGAAGGGCUCACCUGUCGCCCCUCCUGCCCCUUCAGUCCUGUGUCAUGGGGUUGGUGAUCAGGGCUUCCAGAGUCCUCAGCUGACCCUGUCUACCUUGGCGCCCUCUGCCUGGCUUGACAGUCCAGCUCGGUCUCCAGUGGUGUGGACGGCUGUGUGGGGACUUUCUGGGGCCUGGAUGGGCGCAGCCAGUCAGCAGCUCAAUCUGUCACCAGGUUCACAGUAACUGCCUGGGGUGGUGAAUGAAUGUGUCACCUGGAGUGAGAGGCCAAGCCCACUUAAAGCUGGGCGUCCGGCUCCCUGGACGCAGUGAGGAGGGCUCUGGGGAAAUGCCUCCAUUUCCUCCUGCAGUCAUGGCGAGAGUGGCCCAAGAGAGGGGCGGCCAAGGGCUGUCAGGCUUCUGGGAGAUGCUGGUUGAGCCUGGCUGUGAAGACUCGCUCAGGGAAGGGACAUUCCCACAGGCCCUCCUGUUGGAUCCCAGAGCAGCCCCAGCCCAGGGUGCCCAAGGGGCAGACAAAUGGGUAGAGAAGCCUGGGGGGGCCCAAGCCAGCAUGCUGAGACGGUAGCUCUCAGCUUGUGGCCCUGGCCGGAUGACAGCAGACCACACACAGGGGUGACCCCGGCCGAGACCGGGUGAGUGAGGAAGGAGAGACCCAGCGAGAGGAGAACCGGGCAGGGUGGCAAGGUGGGCCCACCCUUGACAAUCCACUUGUGAGCACACAAAUGUCCCAGGAAUCUUUGUGCCAGGACCAUGAAAAGUGAGGGGAAGACGGAGGAAGGCGCGCCUUGAUCCCCAGCUCUCCUUGGGACCAUCCCACUCACCACACCCACAGCAGGCAGAAGUGGAGGGGAGAGAGCCGACCGGUGAGGGGCAGAGCUCUGUGCGUGGUGGCCAGCGGGGUCCAGGAGGGCCCUUCCAGCGACUCCUGAACGUUGUGCCCUGGCUUCUCCCCAUCUAAAGACUUGGUUUCCUGCGUUCUGAAAUCCCUGGAUCUGAACCCUUCGAAACCAGGGCAGGGCCAACCCCAGCCUGUCCCAGGUCACCCCUGGAAUGCAGUGGCCCCACCAGGAACCCUGGUCUUGGUCUUCACAGGAAGGACUCGCGUAGAGCCCCACCCCUCCCUGCUUGGCAAUGCUCCACCCCUCAUGUGGACUCUGUUCUUGUCUGAUCUCUUGUCAAACUGUUAUUUUGUAAUGAGCUGCGUCUCCUUAUUAAAGAAAUGAGCUGAAAGAAAC